CUUAUUCCAAGAUAACCAAAUUGUGUUCAUACUUAUUUAUCUCAAAAAAGAAUGUUUAGCUUCAUUUCUCUCAAUUUAUUUUAGCACCUCAAGAACUGCAAUUUUUUUGUUGUAAUAUUUGCACACAUAUCCCUUAAUUCUUAAGAGGUGGGGAGAACAAUUCUCAAUCCGGACAGAACUUUUCAAUUUUCGGCAAUCCUAUAAGAACCAAAUGCACUUGCCAAAAUUCUCUCAAAAGUUGUUGUGCAUCGCGAUCGAAGUGAAGUCUCGAGUGAUAAAAAAAUCUUCCAGAAAUUUUUUUAUUAAUUAAAAAUUAGCAAAAUGCUAAUUAUUACAUUUAUUGGAUAUUUUGUGGUUUUUGUGCUGUCUAAAAGCAACGCUCAGAACUGCAUCUAUGCACCGACAUGUCCAAGUUUUGUUACAUGGAUGCCUGGAUAUAUCUGCGAUGAUGGAUUCUUUCCUAUGAUUAAAAAGAAAUCUGUAAAUGGAGUAAUAGUGAAAACAAUUUGUUGCUCAGAAAUUUCGAUGUGCUCUUCACCUCAGUUUUGGUGUCAACAACAAUUAGAUGCUGGAAGCUCACAAAGUGCAGCCGCAUUGGCGCCUUCUUGUUCAGUUGGAUGUGUCACUCAGUGGAAGACUUAUGAGAACGAUAGCACGCCAAUGAUUGAUGGCUUAACGGCUGGAUUUUACACAUCAGGUGUUGAGUCGUUUAUUGGACGUGUUCGAGUGCUUAAUGGAUUUAUGCCUGGACGAAUUCACAUUAAUCAGCCUGGAAUGUUUUAUUCAUACAGCGGUUUGGAGAGAUAUGCUAAUGGAUCUGUUGAAUUCCUUUACAGUAAUCCAAAUUAUACGUAUGAAUGGAUUGCUUCAGAAAAUGGAACUAAUGUGCCAAAUGCUGUGACAUUGAAUGUGCCAAAGAGCAGUGCUCAAUACAUAGGACGAAUUUCAGUAAAUGAUGGAACUUUCAUUGGAACUGUUGUGAGGAUUUUAGGUGGAAUGUUUUAUUCUGAUUACAGCGGCGUUGAGCAAUUUACAGCAAGUUAUGAAGUGUUGGUGUGUAAUAAGCCUUUUACAAGUUCUGCAUUAGCUUCUCCACCUGUAUGCCCAAUUUACUGGAAGAGCUCAGUAACACAAUUAAAUCCAAUCACUGAUUCAUCAACUACACUUCCAAUGAUGAUUAAUGCGCAGAAUGGAGUCUUGACUGGAGAUUUAGUACACACAUAUUCAUGGGUUAAUUUAGCAAAUCUCACAGCAAAUCUCAUCACUGAUGUAUUUCCAGCUUCAUUAAUAAUGCCAGGUGGUUUGGAAUAUUCGGUUGGAAGAAUUUUUUUGGAUGGAACUAUGAUCAUAGGAACAGUUAAUUUAAAUACUGGAAUUAUGCAGUAUAGCGAUGCAGAAGGAAAUAUUAAUAAUGUUUUGUGCUUCGAAGUUUUAGUUUGUGAUAGUUUACCAACCUCUACAACAGACAGUUCAGGAGAAACUGGCACUUCAACUAUAAAUCCAUCCGAUUCAACGACCUCAAAUCCAUCAGACGGUUCUGAUACCACAACUAUAAACCCAGCAGAUUCAACAACCUCAAAUCCAUCAGACGGUUCUGAUACCUCAACUAUAAACCCAGGAGAUUCAACAACCUCAAAUCCAUCAGACGGUUCUGAUACCUCAACUAUAAACCCAGGAGAUUCAACAACCUCAAACCCAUCAGACGGUUCUGAUACCUCAACUAUAAACCCAGGAGAUUCAACAACCUCAAAUCCAUCAGACGGUUCUGAUACCUCAACUAUAAACCCAGGAGAUUCAACAACCUCAAAUCCAUCAGACGGUUCUGAUACCUCAACUAUAAACCCAGGAGAUUCAACAACCUCAAACCCAUCAGACGGUUCUGAUACCUCAACUAUAAACCCAGGAGAUUCAACAACCUCAAAUCCAUCAGACGGUUCUGAUACCUCAACUAUAAACCCAGGAGAUUCAACAACCUCAAACCCAUCAGACGGUUCUGAUACCUCAACUAUAAACCCAGGAGAUUCAACAACCUCAAAUCCAUCAGACGGUUCUGAUACCUCAACUAUAAACCCAGGAGAUUCAACAACCUCAAACCCAUCAGACGGUUCUGAUACCUCAACUAUAAACCCAGGAGAUUCAACAACCUCAAAUCCAUCAAACGGUUCUGAUACCUCAACUAUAAACCCAGGAGAUUCAACAACCUCAAAUCCAUCAGACGGUUCUGAUACCUCAACUAUAAACCCAGGAGAAUCAACAACCUCAAACCCAUCAGACGGUUCUGAUACCUCAACUAUAAACCCAGGAGAUUCAACAACCUCAAAUCCAUCAGACGGUUCUGAUACCUCAACUAUAAACCCAGGAGAUUCAACAACCUCAAAUCCAUCAGACGGUUCUGAUACCUCAACUAUAAACCCAGGAGAUUCAACAACCACAACCCCAUCAGACGGUUCUGAUACCUCAACUAUAAACCCAGGAGAUUCAACAACCUCAAACCCAUCAGACGGUUCUGAUACCUCAACUAUAAACCCAGCAGAUUCUACGACCUCAAAUCCAUCAGAUGGUUCUGAUACAUCAACUAUUAACCCAGGAGAUUCAACAACCUCAAACCCAUCAGACGGUUCUGAUACCUCAACUAUAAACCCAGGAGAUUCAACAACCUCAAACCCAUCAGACGGUUUUGAUACCUCAACUAUAAACCCAGGAGAUUCAACAACCUCAAAUCCAUCAGACGGUUCUGAUACCUCAACUAUGAACCCAGGAGAUUCAACAACCUCAAACCCAUCAGACGGUUCUGAUACCUCAACUAUAAACCCAGGAGAUUCAACAACCUCAAACCCAUCAGACGGUUCUGAUACCUCAACUAUAAACCCAGGAGAUUCAACAACCUCAAAUCCAUCAGACGGUUCUGAUACCUCAACUAUAAACCCAGGAGAUUCAACAACCUCAAACCCAUCAGACGGCUCUGAUACCUCAACUAUAAACCCAGGAGAUUCAACAACCUCAAAUCCAUCAGACGGUUCUGAUACCUCAACUAUAAACCCAGGAGAUUCAACAACCUCAAACCCAUCAGACGGUUCUGAUACCUCAACUAUAAACCCAGGAGAUUCAACAACCUCAAAUCCAUCAGACGGUUCUGAUACCUCAACUAUAAACCCAGGAGAUUUAACAACCUCAAACCCAUCAGACGGUUCUGAUACCUCAACUAUAAACCCAGGAGAUUCAACAACCUCAAAUCCAUCAGACGGUUCUGAUACCUCAACUAUAAACCCAGGAGAUUCAACAACCUCAAACCCAUCAGACGGCUCUGAUACCUCAACUAUAAACCCAGGAGAUUCAACAACCUCAAAUCCAUCAGACGGUUCUGAUACCUCAACUAUAAACCCAGGAGAUUCAACAACCUCAAACCCAUCAGACGGUUCUGAUACCUCAACUAUAAACCCAGGAGAUUCAACAACCUCAAAUCCAUCAGACGGUUCUGAUACCUCAACUAUAAACCCAGGAGAUUUAACAACCUCAAACCCAUCAGACGGUUCUGAUACCUCAACUAUAAACCCAGGAGAUUCAACAACCUCAAAUCCAUCAGAUGGUUCUGAAACAUCAACUAUAAACCCAGCAGAUUCAACGACCUCAAAUCCAAAUGACGGUUCUGGUACUUCAACUAUAAACCCAGCAGAUUCAACAACCUCAAAUCCAUCAGACGGUUCUGAUACCUCAACUAUAAACCCAGCAGAUUCUACGACCUCAAAUCCAUCAGAUGGUUCUGAAACAUCAACUAUAAAUCCAGCAGAUUCAACAACCUCAAAUCCAAAUGACGGUUCUGAUACAACGACUUUGAAUCCAACAGGAUCUGAAAGCACUGUCCCUACUGGAAACACGGAAACAACAACAGACACAAUUAUUAUUAUAAUUACUACACCAAAUCAAACAGAAGCAACAACAUCAACAGAAGCAACGACCAUUAGUGAAGAAAUCACAGUUUCUGAUCGAAGUGAAACUACAACCCAAGCAAUUAGUACUGAUUCAACAACAGAUAAAGCAUCAAGUCAUGGCAGUGAAGUUACAACACUUCCAUUUACAAUAACUCCAUUUGAAACAACAAUUACAUCUGAAACUACAACAUCGAUUCCACCUGAAAACUUAUCAACAGAAUCAACAACAAUAAUAUCAACAUCAUCAAUACCACCAAGUAUAAUAACAACAGUAAGCACACCUAUUGAUAGUACAACAACAGAAACAACAACUAAAGUUCCUCCAAAAACAUGCAUUAUUACAUGGAAGGACUACACAGGAAUUGAAGAUAUAUCUACAUAUGGUGUCAAUGCAGGUCUUGCUGACUCAAAUGCAGGAUAUGUUGGUCAAGGAAAUGUUUAUGGAAAUAUCCUUCCUGGUAGAAUUCAACAAACCUCAAGCAACUCUUAUUGUUACUACUUUGGUGUCGAGAAUUGCUUAAACAACUUCCAAUAUUUAGAAAAUCUUCAUGACUACACAUAUAGUUGGGUUAAUUCACAUAAUGGAGAAUUUGUUCAAGAUGCAGUCAUUGUGCAGUCAUUCUUCAUAGGACGAAUAUGGUCUAAUUCGCAUUUAUAUUUAGGAACUGUUGUGCCUGGUUAUGGAAUGGUUUACUUUGAUAAUGUUGCUAGUCUUUGGCACUAUUCCAACAAUAGUUAUCAAGUCUUAACAUGUGAUCCAAAUCCUGAAGUUGUCCUUUAUGAUUGCAACAAUAAAUGGGCACCAUACCUAAAUGAUAUGCAGCCAUUAAUUGAUGGGGUAUAUACAGAUAAUGAAAACACCACAUUUGUUGGUCGAACAACAGAAAAUAAGGAUUAUUUAGUUGGACGGGUUCGAAUUACUCCACCAUCAGGUUUAUUACAUCUUACACCGACUGGAUCAUGGUCUCUCGAUACUGUUGGAACUGAAUAUCUUUUGAGGAAUGAUACCAGUUCUUAUCAAUGGAUUGAAUCAUCGUAUGGACAACCUGUGGAGCAUGCUGUAACAAUCAGGAAGUCAUCAUCAUUUUGGCCAAUGUAUAUUGGUCGUGUGCAAAUUAAUUCUACUUAUUAUUUUAUUGGAAGGGUUCUGCCAGCUCAAGGUAUACAAUUUUAUGAUGGAAAUCCAGCAGAAGCUAUAAUUACGCACUAUCAAGUGUUGACUUGUACAACAACAAUACCUUACGAUUGUGGUUGUAAUCAACCUAAAUAAAUUUGCUGUUCGGACAUCUUACAAUAAUUAAUUUAGCUUAUGUCAUAAACAAAAAAAUCAUAAUAAUUUUACACUUUUUUAAAAUAUUGAUUAUAUUCCUUAAUGUUUUUAUUUACAGAACCUACAUUGUGUGAAGAUUAAGAUGUCAAUUUUUGAUAUUUUUAAAACAAAACAUAAUUUUUAGAUACAUUUUGAAUUUAAUUAACUUAAAAAAAAUGUUAAAAUAAAAGUUAAAGAAUAAGAAAUUUUGAUUGAUAAGAUUUUUUUAAGUUAAAAUAAUUUUAAUUAAAGUCUGAAGUUAUAAAAUAUUAUUUCACAAAUAAACAAUAAAAAUG